AUGAUAAGAUAUUUACAGGAUUCUAGGAACGUCUCCCUAGACGAAGCGUGGCGGGCUUCCCCGCUUGCCACCCUAGGUGACAACAAGCAAGGGAAUGAAGGGAACACCUUGGAGAAAGCUGAUGACGGUGGUGGCGAAAAUGUAAAUGGCGAAGAUGCUAUUGAUGUUGAUGACAGUGAUGCAAAGCUCACUAAAUCAGAUCGUGCUUCUGAUCGCGAGUCUCAAGUUAAGUUUGAGUCCGACGAAGAUCAAAACAAAUGGAUAUUAAACAGCGCCUCCAGCAACAUAAACAAGAAAAUUCUCUCAGGGGAAACCAAUAAGCAGAAAGAACAAAUGCCACCAGAUGCUAAGGUACAGCAACUCAAAGAUCAACUCAUCCAGGCUAAAAUCUUUCUUUCCUUGCCAGUAGUAAAAAGUAACUCCCAUCUUACACGGGAACUACGACUACGGGUAAAGGAAGUUUCACGAACACUUGGAGAUGCAAGCAAGGAUUCUGACUUACCUAGGAAUGCAAAUGAGAGAAUGAAGGCGAUGGAACAAACUUUGUUGAAAGGGAAGCAAGCUCAAGAUGAUUGUGCUGCUGUUGUGAAGAAGCUUCGGGCUAUGAUCCACUCAACAGAGGAGCAGCUCCAUGCACACAAGAAGCAGACUUUGUUCUUAACACAAUUAACAGCAAAAACAUUGCCAAAAGGUCUUCACUGUCUUCCACUGCGCCUUACAACUGAGUAUUAUAACUUGAAUUCUUCUCAGCAACAGUUCCCCAAUCAAGAGAAGUUAGAAGACCCUCGACUAUACCAUUAUGCAAUAUUCUCAGACAACAUAUUGGCUGCGGCUGUUGUUGUGAAUUCAACUGCUGUUAAUGCUAAGGACACCUCAAAGCAUGUUUUUCACAUUGUUACCGACAGACUCAAUUAUGCAGCAAUGAGGAUGUGGUUUUUGGCAAAUCCACCCGGCAAUGCAACCAUUCAGAAAGGCCCCACUGCAUAA